AUGGCGCCCACCCAGCGGCCCUUCUUCUCAAACUUCUUCUCCGCCUUUCGCGCCCGUACAACCACCAAUCCCACCUUCCAGGCCAAGUCUGCACCCACAGUCGGCUCGCCUACCUCCCUAUCACCGACUGCGCACGCUGCACCUGGUUCCACAACCGCUUCGCAGCCGCGGACAAUAACCACCAAGACAUCAGACUCCCCGACACCGCAGCAAAAUGUUACUUCUCCCACACGAUCAACCGCUGUCCCUUUCUCUCCUAGCACCACUCGCUAUGCACCACCACUAUCCCGCUCGCCAGGUACGGCCUCCCCGGGGACAAAUCCCAACUUGUCCAUGUCCCCACCAGGUGCUUCCACACCCAUAACGAGAGGUCGGCAAAGACGAGGGAGCGAUUCGUCCAAUUCUUCAGCUGGCUUUAUGGACGCCCUGGGCCCAGAAAAAUGGUAUGUUGGCGGGCGAAAUGCGAGUGGGGAGGAGACGUUCUACAGACUUGGAAUGGUGGGUGCGGGCCAAGGCAAGAGGGUUAGGAGCUUAGAUCGCCUGAGCCUGUGA